AUGGCUGUUCGUCGCGUCAGGUACGUGAUUGCCGCCGUUGCUCUCUGGGUAAUUGGAUCGUGGUACUACGGCCUGCGACCACCCAGUGCCACAGAAGUGUUUGAUCCGCCAGUCGACCUAGAAAUCCCUAAAUACGGCGACGAUCGAUGGCAUAAACUCCCAACGCGCUACCCAGUCGAGAAAUUGGCCCAGCUGCCGAUCAACAAAUCCUCGCGACCAAUCCCUCGUGUUCAAGCACCUAGACCGCAAGAGGAUGCUGCCGCGAAGGAAGAGCGACUUGCACGGCUCGCCGCUGUCAAAGAAAGUUUCAUACAUAGCUGGGAAGGGUACAAGACGUACGCCUGGGGUCAUGACGAGAUCAAACCGAUCACGGGCGAAUCCAAGGACCCGUUUGGUGGCUGGGCUGCUACGCUCGUCGAUUCGCUCGACAGUCUGUGGUUGAUGGGUAUGAAGGACGAGUUCGACCUCGCCGUGAAGGCUUGCGACGGCAUCGACUUUGCGAAGACAAUGGCACGCGAUAUCAACGUUUUCGAAACCACCAUUCGUUACCUCGGCGGGUUUUUGGCAGCGUACGAGCUGAGCGAGAAGCAAUACCCCGUCUUGCUGAGCAAGUCCAUCGAAGUAGCGGAUGUUCUGAUGUCGGCGUUCGAUACCCCUAAUCGCAUGCCAGUCACGCGUUUCCCCUGGCGGAACUAUGUCGAGGGAAAGGCACAGAAAGCUGGCAGUACCGUCCUGGUGGCUGAGGUGGGGUCUCUAAGCCUGGAGUUCACCAAGUUGUCUCAGCUAACAGGCGAUAUGCAAUAUUACGAUGCUAUACAACGCAUAUAUGACGAUUUGGAACGAGGCCAGGGCAUGAGUCUCCUUCCUGGAAUGUGGCCAGUCGUGGUCGAUGCCUCCAAGACCCCUAUGGCCUACAAGGGCGACUCGUUUAGUCUCGGCGGCAUGAGCGACAGUGUUUACGAGUACCUGGGAAAGCAAUACCUGCUUCUUGGGGGUGCCUCAGAGCAGCCGAGGGAAAUGUACGAGGGCUUCAUUGCCGUUGCCAAGGAGCAUCUUCUACGCCGUGCAUUAAAUCCUGACAAUUUGCCUCUGCUUUUCUUUGGGGAUGUGCGUGUCGCAAAGCCACCUGCUGAGGGGCCUUCGAUCAUCACGUCGCCCCGAGCCCAACACCUUACGUGUUUUACCGGAGGCAUGGUGGGAAUGGCUGCCAAGAUAUUCGAUCGCCCCUCGGACCUCGCCGUAGCUGCGCAACUGACUGACGGCUGCGUCUGGUCAUACAGUCGCACUGUUACAGGCAUCGGACCGGAGAUAUUUCAUUUCGUACCUUGCGACCCGGAUGCGAGGAAGGACGACUGCCUGUGGAGCGAGACUCGCUGGAUCGAAGCACUGAGGUUGCACUGGGGAACGACGAACUCCAAAGGUGUGCGGCUCACGGAUGAUCAGAUCAGGAACAUAAUAGAGUCUCGGCGACUGCCCCCGGGCAUGGUCGAUGUCAACGAUCGAAGAUACAUCCUACGGCCCGAGGCUAUCGAGUCGGUAUUCAUGAUGUACCGACUGACGGGGGACUCGAAGUGGAUGGACAAAGCUUGGGGCAUGUUCACUGCCAUCGAGAAAUACACGCGCACGAGACAUGCGUCGGCAGCAUUAGAAGACAUCACGAAGAAGCAACCGAUCCAGGUGGAUAGCAUGGAGAGCUUCUGGCUGGCCGAGACGCUGAAAUAUUUCUACCUGAUCUUUGGCGAUUGGGAUCUGGUUGACCUAGACCAGUGGGUGUUGAACACGGAGGCGCACCCUCUCCGCCGUGCAGACGCGUAA